AUGGACAAGGACGACAGGUCUGUACGCAUUGCAGCUGGUGAAGCCCUUGCUUUAAUUUUUGAGACCGGAAAUUUGGAGAAGUUCUGUGGUGAAGUUAAAGUAUCUGGUGACAUCUCCAUUACUGAAGGAAACAAUUAUCGGGAAUUUGUACAUAUCCGGGGGUUGAGGGGAAAAAUCCUAAAUCAAGUGAGAAACCUUGCUGCGGAGGCAGGUGGUAAAGGUUCUGCUAAGAAAGAUCUUAACAGCCAGCGGAACUCAUUUAGAGAUAUUCUGGAAUCUCUUGAGGUACUUCAUCAGUUUCUGAACAGGGUCUGUCCUUGUAUGUUAGCUUGUAUACUGAUCCUUAUUUAA